UUGUGAUUACUCAAAAUUGAGACAAAGAGAGCUCUAGAAAGAGCAAAGAAAGAAAAGGCAGUGAGGGAGAGUGCACCGAAUAAUUUCUCAAGAGAAUAAGAGAGAGAGAGAGACGAGGUGUGAUCACAUUUUAAAAAGGGCAUGCCCUGUUAGACAGCAAAAAGGGUGAAUAUGGAUGUGUUUGAUGUUGAAAUAGUUUCCAGUGAAACCAUCAAGCCGUCUUCACCAACACCUUCCCACCUAAAAACCUUCAAUCUCUCUUUUAGACCAGAUCACUCCUCCAUUUUAUGUUCCAGCAGCCAUCUUCUAUUCCCCCACCAUCAAUGCUAACCAAACAUUGCAAAACCUUAAGGAUUCUCUGGCCAAAGCCUUGUCGGUCUUCUACCCCCUUGCAGGGCGGAUUAAAGAUCAUCUCUCAAUCGAUUGUAACGACGAGGGUGUUCUUUUUUCACAAGCCAAAGUUAACUGUCAAUUGUCUGAAUUUCUCAAUCCCCCCGAUACCAACAAUUUAGUCUUUCGCCUUCUUCCAAAAGUAGAAAUUCCGAUUCCAAUUAAGACACUGAAUGAUGCCGCACAAAUGAUUAUUCAAGUAAACAUAUUUACUUGUGGGGGAAUAUGUAUCGGCUUAUACUUCUCGCACCAAAUCAUCGACGCAGCCGCCCUAAAGGCUUUCCUCAGUUGCUGGGCAGCCAUUGCAAGCAGGCCACCGGGCAAAGAAUCAGAUUCAUACCCCCCCAAUAUCAAUGCAGCCUCGCUCUUCCCUCCCCAAAGUGACUCCCAAUCGCCACCACCAGAGAAACUGGCAUCAUUUAUUUUCAAUCAAAAGUGGUAUCAUAAAAAAGAAAGUGGAGUAUCGAGGAGAUUCGUGAUAGAUGGUGCCGCAAUAUCUGUACUAAAAUCCAAGGUGGCUAGCAAAGCUGUGCCCAAUCCAACUCGGUUCCAAGUUGUGGCUAGCUUCAUAUGGAACUGUGCUGUCUCUGCAUCUACAUCAUUAUUGGGCUCCCCAAAACCAAAUGCAAUGCUUUUUGCAGUCAACAUGAGACCCAAAAUGGUGCCGCCAAUGUCGCAGAAUUCGAUUGGAAACAUCGUGUGGAGGACAGUGGUACACCGUAGGGAAGAAGAAGCAACAGAGCUACGUAGCACGGUGGAGUUACUGAGAGGAGCCGUACAGAAAAUUAAUGGCGACCUCAUUCUAAGUUUACAAGGAGACCAAAGGUUUGCCGUUGCGAGUGGAGUUAUAGAUGAGUUGAGAAACAUGUAUUCGGAUGAAACACCUGAUCUAUAUACGUGUAAUAGUUGGUGUGGUUUAGGGUUCUACGAUGUCGACUUUGGAUGGGGGAAGCCUCUCUUCUGGAUUGUUAAUCCUGUUCGAGAUGGAAAUGGCUUGGUGUACUCAAAUAGCAUUUUUUUGAUGGAUACCAAAUCAGGAGAUGGAGUAGAAGCAAUUAUACUCUUGCCUCAAAGUCAUAUGGACAAACUGCUCUGUGACCAAGACUUCCUCACUCUUGUCUCCAUCAACCCCAGUAUUUCAGUUCCAUUGCCUCCUCCUAACAAUUAACUAUGUUAAUUUGGAGGCUCAUAAUAAAUUAUGGCAACUUGUCAAAGCCAUGAUGAAUUUGUUUGUUUCAUGUGUUCUCUUCUCCUGUGGUUCUUUUUUAUUCUUCCGAGUGUGUGUGCCACUUGGUUUCUAUUUUUUAUUCACCAUAAGUGAUCUUGGAUCACGUCUUAGCAUGAUUCUAAAUCAUGGUAUCAACACAUUGUAAUGAUAUCGAUCACGAAAUACUGAUAUCAAGAGUAUCGGGUGAUACAUAUCAGGAAUCGGAUGUCACCGUUAUAAUAUUUUAAAAUUGAUUAACAGAGUGUAUCGAGGUGUAUCGGCCUGUAACAAAAUAUUAUGGCCUAUAUUGGAAUGUAAUGAUUCACUAUAAUGGUUACAAUCCGAUACGUGACAAUGUAAAGCCUUGAAUUUGUUAUUUCUUUA